UGGCCAGGCAGUUGGUAUGCUCCAGGAUUUGAGCAGCUCCUUCUAGCAUCCUUCAUCCUUCAGGUAUCAGGCAUCUAGGCACUGCUUGAGCUGCAGAAAUUGAGAGACCACCCCUUCACGGACCUCAAGCCUGACCCUUUCCCAGUAGCCUUUUCUGUAUUAUCUGCUUCUGCAUCAGAUAUUUUCAGCUGCAACUCCCUGCAGGGUGGCGUACCCCCCCAUCUGAGGCAGUUUUUGGUGCCCCCCUCCCCCACUGACCUUACACUCCAGGGCUGAGGCUGCUGCUGCCGCCUGUCACUUCAGGAUGAAAGGGGAGACUCCCGUGAACAGCACCAUGAGUAUUGGGCAAGCCCGCAAGAUGGUGGAACAGCUAAAGAUUGAGGCCAGCCUGUGCCGGAUAAAGGUGUCCAAGGCAGCAGCAGACCUGAUGACUUACUGUGAUGCCCACGCUUGUGAGGAUCCCCUCAUCACUCCUGUGCCCACUUCGGAGAACCCCUUCAGAGAAAAGAAGUUCUUCUGUGCCCUCCUCUGAGCUACUUGGUUCCUACUCUCCUCACCUUUCCCUCUCUGUCCUUCCUUAGGUCGGUAACUGUGGAGAGCUUCAGAGGCUCCCCGCAGCCCAUUCCUACCCUUGCCCCGCCCUGUGAGUUUAUCUGAAGCACAAGACCCUGCUCACCCACAUAGACCCCUCUCCUCUCCCUCUGCGGCCAACCCCAAGCAACCCGUGACUAGGGCACUCUUAGCUCUACGAUCAGAGAGGUUUCUGCCAAACUGCCAGCGUCCUGUCCACGUCCCUCUGUGACCCGUUCAGACAAUGGAGAGAGGGACGCGCCAGGUGCCUGCUCUCAGUCACACCGGGAGCUACUGGAAGGUUAAAGCCAUUUAAAGAAUAAAUUCAUCCAGAACCUCAGA